GCAGCUAGCUCAAUCCGCGGGUUGAAGCAGAACCUUUUAGCUAGCUAGCUGCCUGUUUGUUGGAUCCAUCACCUGCCAAAAGGCCCAAAAUAUAAAACCAGCCAUGGCUCAUCCCAACAACGAGGGAAGCUCAGCCGAGAGCCACAUUGAUGAUCUUGUGUCCAAACUUCCACCAAAAGAAGGCUUGGUGCUCUACAAGAACUAUUGGCUGUGGCCACAGACCGCCAAAAACAUCAUGCUCCUCCAAGACAUCUUCAAGCCUCGCCACGACGAUAUCAUCCUCGCCACAAACCCCAAGUGUGGCACCACAUGGCUCAAGGCACUUGCCUUCACUAUCACCACCCGCCACCGUUACAACUUCCAUGACCACCCGCUCCUCACCCAUCAUCCACAGGAGGUAGUGCCUUUCCUGGAAAUUCCUACAAAUGAGGACCUAAGCUAUGUUGAGACGCUUCCCUCCCCGAGGCUUGUGUCUACCCACAUGCCCAUGUCACUUCUUCCUGGAUCCAUAGCUAGCCAUGGUUGUCGUAUUGUUUAUAUUUGCCGAGAGCCCAAGGAUGCCUUUGUGUCAUUGUGGCAUUUCUUGAAAAGGAUACAUGGAGGACAUGCUCCUGACUUGGACUCCAUGUUCAAUAGGUUUUGCGAGGGUUCUUUGCCCAGUGGGCCCUUUUGGAACCAUUGUCUCGAGUACUGGAAAGAAAGCAUCGCGAGCCCUGAUAGGAUUCUGUUCCUGAAAUAUGAAGACAUGAUGUCAGAUCCUGUGAGGUAUGUCAAGAAACUUGCAUUGUUCCUCGGUGUCCCAUUCACCGGCGAGGAAGAAGAGGAUGGUGUUCAUGAGCAGGUGGUAAGGUUGUGCAGCUUUGAGAUGCUUAGUGGCUUGGAGGCUAAUAGGGCCGGAAACUUGAAGCUCCGUCCAAGACCCAAUGUGGUCUACGAGAAAUCAGCCUUCUUCAGGAGAGGCAAGGUAGGUGAUUGGGUAAAUUAUAUGAGUGAAGAGAUGGGGAGAAAGUUGGAUUACAUCAUGGAAGAGAAGCUCAAGGGAUCCGGCCUUGUGUUAUGCAUGGAGGGAAGCGCCACAAAUAGCCACGGUACUGGUGAUCCUCUAUCCAAACUUCCAACGAGGGAGGGGUGGUCGGAGCCAUUGGUGCUCUACAAGAACUACUGGCUCCGUCCACGUUUCGCUGCAACCAUCAUGCGCCUCCAGAACACCUUCGAACCUCGCCACGACGACAUCGUUCUCGCAACGAACCCCAAGUGUGGCACCACGUGGAUCAAGGCGCUCGCCUUCGCAAUCACCAAUCGCUUCCGGUAUGAGUUUUGCAAUCACCCUCUUCUCUUCCGUCAUCCCCUGGAGGUGGUGCCAUUCCUCGAGAUCCCUCGAGAUGGUGACAUGACCUACGUAGAGACACUCCCAUCUCCAAGGCUUCUUGCCACCCAUAUGCCCCUCUCGUUGUUCCCAGAUUCCUUAGCUACUUGUGGUUGUCGUAUUGUGUACGUUUGUCGAGAUCCAAAGGACGCCCUUGUGUCCUGGUGGCACUUCGAGAGUAAGGUCCAUAGGGAACGUAGUGUUGACUUUGAGGCUGCUGUCAACAUGUUUUCCGAAGGUUUCUCAAACUACGGACCUUUUUGGGAGCAUUGCCUCGAGUACUGGAGGGAGAGCAUCCCAUGCCCUAACAGGAUUCUUUUUCUCAAGUACGAAGAUAUGAUGUCAGAGCCAGUGAAGUAUGUCAUCAGACUUGCAACAUUUCUCGGUGUCCCUUUCAGUAUCAAGUAAGAAGAAGAUGGGAUACCUGAGGAGGUGGUGAGGUUGUGCAGCUUUGAUAAGCUUAGCAGCUUGGACACCAACCAGACAGGUGACCUCAUCCGGCGUGGCAACCUAAUUGUUGAGAAGUCCGUGUUCUUCAGGAAAGGGAAGGUGGGGGAUUGGGUGAAUCACAUGAGCCAAGAGAUGGGGAGAAAGCUAGAUUGCAUUGUGGAAGAGAAACUGAAGGGAACUGACCUUGUGCAUCUCCUUUUGCUUUAUUUUCUUUGUAUGCUUUAUAUUUGCCAUCAUAUUUGCAUGUUUGCAAGAAUAAACGUGUCAUAUUUGUAUGUUGUACUUUUCUCUUAA